GUGAGUGUCAGUAGUUGGCUUGUCUCUCUCACCCCUUCAACAUGCCGCUCGUUACUCUCUUCACCAACCUCCCCGACCACAAGCUUUCUGCUGAGCUCCAUCUCGCCCUCUCUUCGAAGCUCUCCGAAGUGUUAGCGAAGCCCGAGGAACGUCUCUCCGUGACUAUAGUGGGCGGGCUUCGUAUGUCUCGGGGUGGCUCGCUGGCGCCUGUGUGUGAGCUGCGGGUGGCGUCUAUAGGGUUUGACUGCCGCGAGAAGACCCAGCCAGCAGCCCGCGCCCUCACCGACUUCCUGGCCGAGCAAACUGGUAUUCCUCCAAACAGGAUUUUGAUGAACUUUUCUGAUUUGAGUCCUUACAUGAUCGCUUCUGGUGGAACGCUGGUGGGCUGAGAAGGAGGAAGAUCGAGGGAGCAGAGGGGAGAGAGAAGGGAGGAGGAAGAAAAGGGAGAGAAAGGAGAUAAGUUUGGGUAUACACGUUGGUGGUAAGAGAGGAGGAGGAGGAGGAGGAGGAGGAGGAAAGGUAACAGAUUGAUACUAGAGUUGUAGGAGGAGGAGGAGGAGGAGGAGGAGUUGAUUUGGGUUCCUCUAAUAGUGGUAUAUUACAGGGUUUAUAUUAUUUACCUAUUUAGGAUUGUAUAGGCCUAGUCAUGAGUUUAAUAAUUCUUUUACUGAAACCAUUGUUAUAUAAAGAAAUAAAUUAUUUAGUGCUGAGAAUAAUGGGAACUUCAAUCAAUGACACACACACACACACACACACACACACACACACACACACACACACACACACACACACACACACACACACACACACACACACACACACAUUGUAUCUCGCAUUUUUUUCUGUUUUUUUUAAUAUCUUUGGUAUAGACUGAGCCUAUAAUAUCAUAUUUUUAAGUAUAUAUCAACUAUUUAUGGGGAAGCUAUUUAUCUUAUAUCAUCUAUUUAUUAAGUUUUUGAACGAUGAUGUAUAAUAGUAAUAAUAAUAAUAAUAAUAAUAAUAAUAAUAAUAAUAAUAAUAAUAAUAAUAAUAAUAAUAAUAAUAAUAAUAAUAAUAAUACUUAUAAUAAUAAUAGUAAUAAAAGUGAACGUUGCA